AAAAGGCAUGUGAGCUGUGGAAUGUCAGACUGAGUCAUCGUCAGUACAUCUAUACAAUGCGCCUUUUUUUUAUUGUCAAGGGCCGGUGACGACUGAAAACACUGCGCUAACAUGUGACAAGUGUUUUUCAUUAGAGUAGCUGUUGCGAGUGCAUUUAACCGGUUAUUAACGCACAAUUCUUUUAACUCCUCGAACUUUUGUGCUGAGGGGCGGAGCAAAGAAAAAUCAGAAAAGAAAGCGAAACUUAAACCUCCGUCCGGAGCAAAAACAACAGUUUUCCCUCUUGCUUUCUCCACUCAGUUUGACAAGUUUCAUCCGCAGAGCUUAGCUAGAAAUAGCAGAGUAGCAGGCUACUCUGAAAUAGGCUACGAUGGACACCAGGGAACAAUUACAGGAGCUCCUGUCGGAGUAUGUGUUGGACACACUCAACUACAUUCAGACAGUGAGGGACUUCUGUGACAAACAACAAAAAUGGACCCUUCAGAGAGAAACAGAGCUGGAGAAGAUAAGAGACAUCAAGGACCAAGCAGACAAAGUCAGUCUUAAGUUUGACCAUGUUAAGCGCUCUGAGAACAAAGCCAAGGCUUUUGGGCAGUACCUGUGGAGUGGUUUAACUCAGGUCACAGCUGACUCCAGACUCCAGGAGCUGGAGAAGGAACUGGGUGCCGUCCUGAAGGACACACUUGAGGGGCUGGAGAAACUUGACCACUUCCUGGAUGCAGUGGAGAAGCUCACAGUCACCUCACUGUUUGUCUUCACUGGACGGAGCUUCUUGCCUAAGGGAGAGAGUCCUGAAAAUGUGCGAUCAGUCAUCACAGCUGCCAGAAUGACCUCUCCUCUCCUCAUCCACUUCAAACGAAAUGCAGAAACCUUCUUCCUUCCUUCACUCAAUAACCUGGACGUCCUGGCCUUUCAACUAGACAAAUACAUUCGUAUCACAGAACAGAUCUGUGAGAGAAUGGAGAAAAAAUCCAAGAGUUUUUUGUGGAUUGAAGAUACUUACAAAUGUAAGAAGGCUCAGCCUGUAGUGACGUUCAGCUUGGUCUUGAGUGAGGACUCCAUGCAAAAAAUGCUUGAUCAUUUGAAGCAGUUGUGCAAAAUAAGGAUGGACCAGCACACAAAGCUGACCUUCAUUUUUCAGGACCACGCUCUGCACUUCAUUGGUUUGUUCAGUAAGUGUCACUCUAGAAUGGAGAAGUUCCUGUCAGAUCUGGAGGAGAGUGCAGUUCAGCUGGACAAGAUGAAGAUGGGGGCCAGUAUCUCCACUGUGGCUGGCAGUUCGGUUGGGAUAGCAGGGGGUGUUUUGUCCAUUGUUGGUCUUGCCCUUGCCCCCGUCACUGCAGGAGUGUCAUUGGCUCUCACUCUGACAGGUGUCGGUCUGGGGGUGACCAGUGGGGUCAACAGUAUGGUUACAGGCAUCACUGAAGCAGCAGUCAACAAUCACCAUGGGAAAAAUGCACAGAACAUUUUCCAGAGAUACAUGGAUGAUGUGGGGAAGAUUCUAGACUGUCUGGAGCAGGCCAGUAGUGAGGAGCGUGUAGAGGAACCCGAUGUUGUGGAUAUGUUUAUAGCAGGAAAGUUGAUAGCUCGUGCAGGAGGAGUGGCCAAAAGUAUUGAUGCUCUGGUAGAUGCAGCUUCAGCUGUUAAAAUACUCAAAACUGAGGAGGUGAUUGCGACUGCAGCCAAGGUUGGGCUCCAGGAGGCACAAAGUGCUCGUAGCAUUCCCAAACUGGCUGCAGACCUUCCCGACAUUGGACAGCUGGCGAAAGGGACACCACUAGCUCUCUCAAAGUCUGCUAGAGCUGGAUUCAUCACUCUAAAUGCCCUCUUUAUUGGCUUAGAUGUUCUUUUUAUUUGCAAAGACAGUAUAAGUCUGGCCAAAGGGAGCAAGAGUGAGGCCUCUCAGCUCAUUCGAUCCAGAACAGCUCUGUGGAAAACUGAACUGGAGGCCUGGCAGAAGAUCCAUGAUUCCUUAUGCAUAGGAAUCUGGAGGUUUAGGAUGAGUCAGGAAGUGUUGGAGCAACCUUUUCUUCCUUAAACAGCUUUAAAAAGUAGCUUUCAAUAUUGAAAAGACCUGAGAUGAACACUAAUUUAGACCUACAGUUAGACCUGAUGUUCUGGAACACUAAUAAUUUUAACAACUUAACACCAACGUCUUUUUUCAAGCUUUCUGGUUUGCUAAUAAUUCAUGUUAGUAAAAGUAUUAAUGAGAUCUGCUUGAUUUAUAGCACAUGGCAAAUGUUUUGAAAGUUAAAAAUCAUUACAUACUGGUGGAAGUCUAAGCUAAAAACUUUAUCCUACAUGUGUACAUAAGAUUUACACUGUCAAAUCACAUAUAAAAAUGAUUAAAAAUGUAAUUUCA